AUGGUACCACCACCUCCUACCAACAAGCCCCACGUGUGCCUGUCCACCAUCCUGAUCAUGAGCAGCAUGGCACUGAUUGAUGCCUACCUGGUGGAACAAAACCACGGUCCCCGCAAGAUUGGCAUCUGCAUCAUGGUGAUGGUGGGAGACAUUUGCUUUCUAAUUGUAUUGCGUUAUGUGGCAGUGUGGGUGGGUGCAGAGGUGCGCACAGCCAAGCGAGGCUACGCCAUGAUCCUUUGGUUCCUUUACAUCUUUGUGCUGGAGAUCAAGGUCUACUUUGUGUAUCAAAACUACAAGGCAGACAGGAAGAGCCUGGACGCCCUUGCCAGGAAGGCGCUAACAUUGCUGCUGUCCAUCUGCAUCCCAGUGUUGUUUGUGGUGCUGGUGGCUAUCGACCACAUGGAGUAUGUCCGUGCUUUCAAGAAGCGCGAGGAGAUCCGCAAUCGUCUCUUCUGGGUGGUGGUGGACUUGCUGGACAUACUGGACAUCCAAGCCAACCUGUGGGAGCCCCAGAAGAAAGGACUCCCUCUAUGGGCAGAGGGCCUGAUGUUCUUCUACUGCUACAUCCUGCUGCUUGUUCUGCCCUGCGUGUCCUUGAGCGAGAUCAGCAUGCAGGGCAUCAAUAUUGUGCCCCACAAGAUGCUCCUGUACCCCAUCCUCAGCCUGGUAACCAUCAACAUCAUCACACUCUUCAUCCGUGGAGGGAACAUGAUUCUGUACAGGGACGCCAGGGUCUCUGGGAUCCUGAUAGGAAAGAACAUCCUAGCCAUCAUCUUAAAGACCUGCAGCUUUGUGCAGUACAGGAGACAAUUGCAGAACGCUCCCCCUGCGUUCGGGGUCGAGCUGCAGAAAAACUCAGUGGCCCACCCUCGCCCUGCCCCCACUCCUCCCCAAGUCGUGGUCAUGCAGGACCAGACGCCUCUCCCCGAGGUGACGACAUGUGAGCACACAUGA